CUUAAAGUCGUAACGUAAAUUUAUAACACUCUUGCUUUUUCCAUAAAAACGUUCCUUACAUUUAUUCUCUGCCAACACCCACAAACACUAUCGUUGUCAUCUUCUUGUUUCACUUUCAUUUUCUGAGCAAUUCAGUUUCCAUAUUUUCCAAACCUUUUUAAUUUUCUCUCUUUUGUGGGUUUGUUGAAGAUCCACACAAACAAGCUUCCCCCAUUUUUGUAUUUGCUUUCGACCUUUAUGUUAUUUUCUUGAGGUCUUGGGUUUUCACCGGAAAAAGAAGGAAGGAUAUAGAAAUAUGGCAGGAGCUGGCGGAGAAAAUGAUAAGCCGCCGCAGAGACAGGACGAUCUUCAACCUCAUCCGGUAAAGGAUCAACUUUAUGGUAUCACUUACUGCCUCACAAGUCCUCCUCCUUGGCCGGAGACAAUACUUUUGGGGUUUCAACACUACUUAGUGAUGCUUGGAACGACUGUUCUCAUUCCAACAAUGUUAGUUUCAAAGAUUGAUGGAACAAACGAAGAUAAGGUAAAGAUGAUUCAGACAUUGCUCUUUGUGUCUGGACUCAACACGUUAUUCCAAAGCUUCUUUGGGACUCGUCUUCCUGCUGUCAUUAGUGCUUCUUACACCUAUGUGCCAACCACAAUGUCAAUCAUCUUAGCUGCUCGUUACGAUGACUUCACGGAUCCUCAGGAGAAAUUUAAAAUGGUCAUGCGUGGAAUCCAAGGUUCUCUUAUUUUUGCCUCAUUUCUUCAGAUUCUUGUUGGUUUCAGCGGUCUUUGGCGAAAUGUAGCAAGGUGCUUGAGUCCCUUAUCAGCAGUUCCUCUUGUAGCAUUUGCUGGCUUUGGACUCUAUGAACAAGGAUUCCCUAUGCUAGCAAAAUGCAUUGAGAUUGGACUGCCUGAGAUCAUACUAGUUUUCAUAUUCUCACAGUACAUUCCUCAUCUGAUGCAAGUAGAAAGAUUCUCCAUCUUCUUCCACCGGUUUUCUGUGAUAUUUUCAGUAGCCAUUGUAUGGAUUUAUGCUUCCAUUCUCACCAUUGGAGGGGCUUAUAGUAACACAGAAAUUAAUACUCAAAGCAGUUGCAGAACCGAUCGCGCUGGAAUCAUUAGUGCCGCUCCAUGGAUUCGAGUGCCUUAUCCUGGGCAAUGGGGAGCUCCAACUUUUAAUGCAGGCGAUAUUUUCGCUAUGAUGGCUGCUUCUUUCGUUUCUCUUGUCGAGUCUACUGGGACAUACAUUGCUAUAUCGAGGUAUGCAAGUGCAACACCAAUCCCACCUUCUGUGCUGAGCCGUGGAAUCGGUUGGCAGGGAUUUGGAAUUCUUCUCUGUGGAUUCUUUGGAGCAGGAAAUGCAACAUCCGUGUCUGUGGAAAAUGCUGGUUUGUUGGCUUUAACAAGGGUUGGUAGCAGAAGGGUAAUUCAAGUAUCAGCUGUAUUCAUGAUCUUGUUCUCCAUUCUUGGUAAAUUUGGGGCCAUAUUUGCUUCGAUUCCAGCUCCUAUCGUGGCAGCUCUCUACUGUUUGUUCUUCUCAUAUGUUGGUGCUGGUGGUCUAAGUCUUAUCCAGUUCUGCAAUAUGAACAGUUUCAGAACAAAGUUCAUUCUUGGAUUCUCCAUCUUCAUGGGCUUAUCAAUACCACAGUACUUCUACGAGUACACAAUUACCAAAGAUUAUGGACCCGUCCACACACCCGCAACUUGGUUCAACAACAUCAUAAACGUUCCUUUCUCAUCUAGAGCCUUUGUAUCCGGGAUUUUGGCCUUCUUUCUAGACAUGACAUUGCCUCCCAAGGACAAGACAACAAAGAAAGAUCGAGGACUAGUAUGGUGGAAGCGAUUUAGAUCGUUCAAAUCCGAUAACAGAAGUGAAGAGUUCUACUCUUUGCCUCUUAAUCUCAGCAAAUACUUUCCUUCUCAUUGAGUAAAUGACAUUAAUACUUUUAGAACCAGAGUUUAAUCGACUCAAUAAUUAAUGUCUUGUUUACUGAACUUGUUUCAGUACUGAUCUCAUCUCACAUCUCUACUUGUGUCCUCAAAAUAAAACCAAUGAGUCCCCUUCAAAACGUUAAGAACUA